AUAACCCCCUCCUCUCUCAAGCUUUCACUACUCUCCGUUUUGGAGAUCUGCAUUUCUCUCUCUCUCUCUUCGACUUCACUUCUCUCUGUCUACGCUUUUAGAGAGAGAAAUCUACAUUCGCUCACUCCCUCUCUCAAAUCAACCUUGUCUUUUCUGUUAAAUCCUUCGGUACCUCACAGAUCUCCGCAGCCCCGUCGAUCUCUCAAUGGCCCAACCUCUCGUGAAGAAGGACGACGACCGAGACGACGAAGCGGAGUACUCUCCAUUUCUCGGGAUCGAGAAGGGCGCAGUCCUUCAAGAAGCUAGGGUUUUCAAUGAUCCUCAACUUGAUCCGAGGCGAUGCUCGCAGGUCAUUACGAAGCUUCUGUACCUUCUGAAUCAAGGAGAAACAUUUACAAAGGUUGAAGCUACAGAAGUAUUCUUCGCAACAACAAAGCUUUUUCAAUCAAGAGAUAUUGGAUUGAGGAGAAUGGUUUAUUUGAUGAUAAAGGAGCUCUCUCCCUCUGCUGAUGAGGUUAUUAUUGUCACAAGUUCACUUAUGAAGGACAUGAAUAGCAAGACUGAUAUGUAUCGGGCAAAUGCUAUACGUGUCCUUUGUCGUAUCACGGAUGGAACGCUUCUAACACAAAUCGAGAGAUACUUGAAGCAAGCCAUUGUUGACAAAAAUCCUGUGGUUGCUAGUGCAGCCCUGGUUAGUGGAAUCCAUUUACUCCAGACAAAUCCAGAGAUUGUGAAAAGGUGGAGUAACGAGGUAACGGAAGCUGUUCAAUCAAGGUCAGCACUCGUGCAGUUCCAUGCCCUUGCUCUGCUUCACCAGAUCCGGCAAAAUGACCGAUUAGCUGUAAGCAAGCUAGUUUCCAGCUUAACUAAAGGAACUGUUCGUUCCCCUUUGGCUCAGUGUCUGUUAAUUCGUUACACUAGUCAGGUUAUCAGGGAAUCUAUGAUGAACAACCAGGCUGGGGACCGUCCAUUUUAUGAGUUUCUUGAGAAUUGUCUUCGACACAAAGCUGAUAUGGUUAUUUUUGAGGCAGCUAGAGCAAUCACGGAAUUCAGUGGUGUGACAACUAGAGAACUGACCCCAGCAAUUACUGUUCUACAACUCUUCUUAAGUUCUUCCAAGCCAGUGCUUCGCUUUGCUGCAGUCCGUAUUUUGAACAAGGUGGCAAUGACCCAUCCAAUGGCUGUAACAAAUUGCAAUAUAGAUAUGGAGAGCUUGAUUUCCGAUCAAAAUAGAAGCAUAGCUACUCUAGCCAUCACCACUCUGCUGAAAACUGGCAAUGAGUCAAGUGUAGACCGCUUGAUGAAGCAAAUUACCAAUUUUAUGUCUGACAUUGCUGAUGAAUUUAAGAUUGUUGUAGUGGAAGCCAUCAGAUCUUUGUGUUUGAAAUUCCCACUCAAGUAUAGAUCCCUGAUGAAUUUCUUGAGCAAUAUUUUGAGGGAAGAAGGUGGUUUUGAUUACAAGAAAGCGAUCGUUGAUUCGAUCGUUAUCUUAAUAAGAGACAUCCCAGAUGCAAAAGAAAGUGGGUUGCUUCACCUAUGUGAAUUUAUAGAGGAUUGUGAAUUCACCUAUCUUUCUACACAGAUUCUCCAUUUCCUUGGAAUUGAGGGGCCAAAGACAUCAGAUCCCAGCAAAUAUAUUCGGUACAUUUACAAUCGAGUAAUCCUUGAGAAUGCGACUGUUCGGGCCAGUGCUGUCAGCACAUUAGCUAAGUUUGGUUGCAUAGUUGAUUCCUUGAAACCUCGUAUAUUUGUUUUGUUGAGACGCUGUCUCUUUGACAGUGAUGAUGAGGUUCGUGAUAGGGCUACGCUAUAUCUGAAUAUGCUUGGGGGUGAGGGUGGAGUUGUUGAAGCUGAUCAAGAUGUGAAGGACUUCCUCUUUGGGUCAUUGGAUGUGCCGCUGGUCAACCUUGAGACAAGUUUGAAGAAUUAUGUUCAGGAGCCUUCAGAAGAGCCUUUUGAUAUGGAUUCUGUACCUAAGGAGGUUAAAUCUCAGCCACUUGCUGAGAAGAAAGCCCCUGGUAAAAAGCCAACUGGCUUAGGUGCUGCUCCAGCUGGCCCCACGUCAACUAUUGAUACUUAUGAGAAGAUGCUCUCUUCUAUCCCAGAGUUCUCAAACUUUGGGAAGCUUUUCAAGUCUUCACCACCCGUGGAGCUUACAGAGGCUGAAACAGAAUAUGCAGUCAAUGUUGUUAAGCACAUUUUUGAUAGGCAUGUGGUGUUCCAGUACAACUGCACAAAUACAAUUCCUGAGCAAUUACUGGAAAAUGUUUCCGUGAUAGUGGAUGCCUCUGAAGCGGAGGAAUUUUCUGAAGUAUCAACAAAGCCUUUAAGAUCUCUUCCAUAUGAUUCACCAGGACAGACAUUUGUAGCAUUUGAGAAGCCAGAUGGAGUCCCUGCUGUUGGAAAGUUUUCUAACACGUUGAAGUUUGUUGUAAAAGAGGUUGAUCCAACCACGGGCGACGCUGAGGACGAUGGUGUGGAUGAUGAAUACCAGCUGGAGGACCUUGAGGUUGUUGCAGCGGAUUAUGUAUUAAAAGUCGGGGUCUCUAAUUUCAGGAAUGCUUGGGAAAGCAUGGGCCCAGAUUAUGAGCGGGUGGAUGAAUAUGGUCUUGGUGCAAGGGAAAGCUUGGCAGAAGCCGUCAAUACGGUCAUAGGCCUUCUUGGCAUGCAGCCCUGUGAGGGCACAGAGGUGGUCCCACCAAACUCGAGAUCACACACUUGCUUAUUGUCUGGUGUUUACAUGGGCAACUUAAAGGUUCUCGUUCGGCUGUCGUUCGGCAUUGACGGGCCAAAAGAAGUUGCAAUGAAACUUGCCGUUAGAUCCGAGGAUGAAUCUGUCAGCGAUGCUAUUCAUGAAAUUGUAGCUAGCGGCUAGUUGGAUACUUGGGAGGGUUUUUUUUUUCUUUCAGUCAACUAUACCGUGUUUCCUUCUUUUUUCUUUUGUGAAUGGGAUAGGAAAUUUAUGGGUGCCAAAAGUCCCACCGGCUAUGAGAUGAAUAUGCAUAGCAGUCUUGGCUUGGGAGUUUUGCUUGGUGUGAGGAUAUUCCUCUACUAUGUAGUUCUUAUUUUGUGGAGAGAUUUAUUUGUAGAUUGUUGUACCAAGCAUGCCCGUUUUGUUCCCUGUUCUGCGAAAUGAAUUUUUGAAACACCGUUACCGAUGGUCUUAGAAUCGUUUAUGUUGUGUAUUAUUAUUCAUUGUAAACAUUCUGAACUUCAAAAAUAAAUUCCCCACUCAUUUUUGUGUGA